AUGUCAAAAACUGAGUAUGAAAAGCAGUUUUCUCAUAUUCCUCUGCUGAAAACUCCUGUGAAACUGAAAACUUACACUGGAGACCAGAUUUCUGUUUGUGGUAAAGCUCACUUGAAUGUGAAGUACAAAAGUCAAAGUGCCAACUUGCCAUUGAUAAUUGUAGAUCAUCCUGGAAAGCCUGCCCUUCUCGGUAGAAACUGGUUAGAAAAGUUGAAGUUGAACUGGAAUAAAAUUUUAGAAUGUGACACUGACUCUGUACAUAAAUUAGGUGAAACGUCAGUGAAAGAUGAAAACUCUUCGGUAGAUCACAAAGUGAAGGAUAGGUUAGACCUGAUUCUUCGAAAGUACAGUAGUGUGUUUGAAGACAGUUAUGAUGCCAUGCAUGGUCACUCUGCACAUAUCAGGAUUAAAGAGGGUGCGAAACCUGUGUUUCAUAAGCCUCGCAGAGUUCCAUAUGCACUUCGUGAACCAGUUGAAGCCGAGUUGAAAAAGCUUGAAGAAAAUGGUGUCAUUGAAAAGGUUGAUCAUGCUGAGUGGGCAAGUCCCAUUGUAGUAGUACCGAAAACAGACAAAACUGUCAGAAUAUGUGGUGAUUACAAAGUCAGUAUCAAUCCACUUGUUGAAGAUGAACAAUGUACUUUGCCAACUACCCAAGACUUGUACGUUCAAUUGGCUGGUUCUAAGGUGUUUUCUAUACUUGAUCUUUCUCAUGCCUAUGCCCAACUCUCAGUUGACCCUGAAAGUAGGAAGUAUCUUAACAUCAACACCCACAAAGGAAUAUACACCUACACUAAACUUCCUUAUGGAGUCAAAUCUAGUCCAAAGAUCUUUCAGUCCAAAAUGGACAGUAUUUUACAGGGCAUUCCAAAAUGCGUGUGUAAACAAGAUGAUAUUUAG